AUGAAUAUUAUUUUAUCACAUAUUAUUUCUCCAGAACAACUUACUGAAAUAGUUAUUGAACAUGCACCUAUAUCUUUUAUGGAAUUAGUUAAAUUAUUAAGUGUUGCAGUAAAUAUUCAUAGAAUACGACUUGAUUAUGUAUCAAUUGAUAAAAUAAAUCCUGUAACAAUACAGCAAAAUGAAAUUUUUCAGUUGGUAUCUAAAAACAAUGUUGUUAAAAAUCUGACUUUGAAAUAUGAACAUUCAGUGGAAAAAGUUGAAUUAUUAUUUGCCUUAUGUCCACGAUUACAAUAUUUAGCGUUACAUGAUGAUUGCGCAUCUUUUUUAAUACCUUUAAUAAAAUUAAUUUUGUCAAAAACUAAUAACAAUAAUCGUCAUUUAUCUUCUUUGUGUAUUUCGAAGGAGACUGACGAAACGGAAGAAACCUUGAAAAUGGUGAUUAAAAAUGAUAAAUUAAUUGAUGAUUAUAUGGUGGAAUGUAUUGAUAAUAAAGUAUAUGUUUGGUGUGGAAUGAAUUUAGCUCAAUUAUCUAAUGUUCUUGAAGUACGUGAUCUUCCAUUUACUAUUCAAUAA